AUGCGCAGCAUGAUUCUCGCGCUCCUGACGUGGGCGUCCGCUUCCACGUCCGCGGCGGGUUUUUUCACCAUCGCCAGCAGCGCGAUGACGCAGGCGUCGAAGAAGAAGCGAUGCAGGCUGCCGAACGGAAAGCGCAUGGUGCCAUGGGCAGACGUGAUCACGCGCUGCUAUGCAGAGAAGAAUCCCGACUUGCUGAAGGCUUUCUGCGGAACAUCGAGUGCAGAGGGCUCAACCACCUGCGACAAGAUGGCCCUAUAUCGGUUGCGCUGCCAUUACGCCAGCCAUGGGGUGCAGGAGAAUCGACCAGUCUGCAGCAAGUCCGACGUUGUGCAAAAGAUCCAGUCGGAGGCGACAGAAAAGAUAAAGAGCCUCAGAGAGGUGAAGAAUGCAACCGGCACAGAGGAGCAUGGAGUGACCCUGCCCCGCAAGCACCCUAGCGUGCGGAUAGUGCGUCCGAACGAGCCCUCGCCCGAGGAGGGUCCGAGGUGGGUGUGGCCCGAGCGGUACGCCCCUGUGCGAGGAGUCACGGACGCGUGCUCGAAGGUUGACUUCAACAUGAGGGGAGCGACGGCGGACACGCGCUGCCGGCAUUUCCUCCGCUCGCGAGUGACGGCGCCAAAUUGCAGCGGCCGGCCGGAGAUGGUGCCGCGAGUCCUCCACAUGACAGGCAAGGGGCCCACUCCCAACUUUGCCAUGGGCAUCAACAUCAAGGCCAACCCCUCCUUCUUUCCGGCCUACCGCGACGACGCUGCAAUGCGCACCUAUGUCGAGCAGCACUGUGGGCAGGAGGCAGCACUCGCGCUCGACUGCUUCGUCGCGCCGGCAUUCCGCGCAGACCUGUUUCGUCACUGCGCCCUCAAGACGCACGGGGGGGUGUAUGUCGACGGCGACCUCAUCCUCACCGUGCCGCUCGAGCGGGCCAUCUCGAUGUGUAACGGCGCCACCAUUGGCCAGGAUCCAGCUCGGGGAGGUUUCCUCAAGGGCAAGAUGUCGAGCACCCUGCGGCACAUCAAUGGCAAGCAGAUGAAGAUCCUGGCCGCUGGCAGGGGGCACCCGCUCUUCGUGUGCAUGGUGCGCGAGAUCAUCGCGCACGUCAAGCAGCGGUACGUGACCCCCUACUCGCUGAACUACACGGGCCCCGCACUCCUGGAGCACUGCUACCAGUCGCUCGGUGGCGACGAGUCCGCGCUCGACGUCGCGGUCACGUACCGCGACAGUCGAAAUGCCAAGUGGCCCUAUGGGGGGAUGAUUGGCACUGACGGCAUGAUUGCCUUUGAGCAGCCGAACCGGUACGACUACCAAGAGCUCGUGGACGAGACGGCGCGCGCGAGGGGUGGGCAUUACGACGCGCUGGUUAAGGCGGGCGUCGUCUACUCGCCCACUUGCAAGCUGCGCGCUUCCGCGGAAGCGCGGGGACCUCCUCCGUGA